AUGACUGAUGAAUCAGAUAAAUACCCACCAAAUAUUCAAAAACUAUUUCAACCAAAACCACCAUUUAAAUAUGUUGAAUCAAUAGAUUAUCCACCAGAAAAAAGAUCAACAACUUCAAUAACGCCUAUUUCAAAUUACAAAUCAUUAAUAUCAAAUUAUAUAACCAAGAACCUACCGAAAAAAGAAUCCAAAAUCAAGAAACAACCAUUGACUAAACAUCAACAAAAUUUACAGAAUGCAUCACUAAAAAAAUUAAAGCAAAAGGAAUCAUUUGAAAGACAACUAAAAGAUUGGAAUGACCCUGAAUUAUUUGCCAAAAAUGAAAAAGAUGUAAUGAAAGAUCCUUAUAAAACUGUAUUUAUUGCAAGAUUAGAUUAUGAUUUAACAGAAAUUGAAAUUUCACAAUAUUUUCAAAAAUUUGGAGUAAUUGAAUCAAUAAGUUUAAUUAAAGAUAAAGAUGGAAAAUCAAGAGGUUAUGGGUUCAUAGUUUACGAAAGAGAUUCAGAUGCUCAAACUUGUGUUUCGACAUUAUCAAGAACAGGUGUUAAAUUAAAAAAUAAAACUAUAUUAGUGGAUAUUGAAAGAAGUAGAAUUUGGAGAAACUGGAAACCGAGAAGGUUAGGUGGUGGUGAAGGUGGUAGAAAUUAUAUAAAAGAAGGUAAAGUAGCUUCAGUUGCUGCUAGUGGUAGAAGAUUACAUAUCGCAAAUAACUCAAGUCAUCAAAGAGAUCUUUAUCAACAACAACAACAACCACCAGUUCAUAUACCUCGUCAACCUGCAUCACAUAAUACUUCAACUAAUGGGUUUUCUCAUCAACAUAAUCCUCAUAAAUCAGCGUUUCCAAUAAAUGAAGAUAAUAAGGUAUCAAUUAAAGAUAAAUAUGCUAGAUAUUCCUCAACACCUGAACAUCAACAACCAUCAUAUAAACCUGCAUAUCAACCAACUUCCGGAUCAAGAUCAAUACGUAGUAUUAGGCAACGUGAUUGA